AUGGAAGCAGAAGAGAAUUCCGGCUCGAACGAGGAGUCUUUGGUGAGCCUGACUGCUGGCGACGUGCUUAUUCGCUCCACCAGCUUCCACAUGAGACAAACGCCUCUCCCCUCUCGGACGGCGGGAGGAGGCGCUGGCGGCACACCUGCUGCUGGCAUUCGAGAACGGAUCCGGAUCUCGGUGAAGAAGCUCCGGGAGGUGUCUCCUCCCUGUCAUCCAGAAGAUUCCACUUUGAUAAAUGAGGACUGUAUCCCACCCGCCUUACCGGCAAACAGGCCUAUGUCUCAAAAGCCAACUGCUGCCAUUUCUAGAAGUGCAACGGAAGCGGCCGACAUUUUUAUUUCCCAGUAUGAUGCCGGGCAAAAGGAGGCUGUCAGAGCAGUAUUCAAGCAGAGAAUUCAGAACGUUCCUGUAUUUAAAGAGGUGAAGGUGCAUCUUCUUGAACACGCACACCCGGACCAGAAGGACAGCGUCAAGUCCACGCACAGCGACAUGGAUUCGGCGACAACCAUUGCAGCAGCCACUGCCGCGGCCGUUGCUUCUGCUGCUCCACUUCUCAAAGUCCAGAGCGACUUGGAAGCAAAAGUGAACUCCGUUUCUGAAAUGCUGAAUAGGUUACAGGAAACGGACAAGCAGCGGCAGCGUGUCACCGAGCAGCAAGCCAGCCUGGCGGCCCAACAGGCAGAGAGGCCCCCCUGUCACCAAAGAGUUUGCAAGCUUGAGAAACAGAUGACUCUCUUCAUGGAAAAGCGGAUUCAGCACCUGGAAACGCUGCAACAGCAGCAAAUGAAUAUUCAGUCCCAUUUAAUCAACUCGGCGCUGAACUCGGGUGGCUUUCAAGCUGUCAGUGUCCCACCUUUUAAAACGGUGGCCGUGGCACCCACAGUGAAUACAGGAAGGCCCCUCGGCAACCCGACAUCGCCUCGUCAGCGGGAUUUAUUCUCUACGAAUCCAUGGAAUGUGCAAGCCUAUUCUCGUCCGUUUGGAAAUCGCGCUGGUCGGAGGCAGAAGUCCCCCCUGAAGACACCCGCCCCACGUCGGUACGCUCCUGUGCCGGUUUCUAAAGAUGCUAAAAUUUCUCACAAAAUGGCAAAGCGGGAGCAGCCAAUUGGAGAAAAAGAAAAUGUUUGCUGGCUGCCAUGUUUUUGCCUUCUAGGUGGAGGAAGGUUUCUAGAGCAGAUUCUGAAUUCUCUAGAAUCCCCAUUCAGUGAGAGUGCAUCUCCUUGGAAGGAGCAACCCACCAGCAGCAAAAUGCCCUGGCAGUUGGAAAGAGAGAGCAGAUCGGGCGCCCUGCAGGCCGAGCCCUUCCCUGUAUUCAGAAACCCGGUUGAAGAGUUCAAUCCGAUCGAGAGAACGGCGAAGAAAGCCGACGACGUGCUUCGGGAUCUCGGGCAACUGAGGAGAGAAAUGCAGGGCAUUCUGCAGGAAGCGAAGGAAUGGAAAUCAGACAUGAACGGUUUUAUGAAGCAAAAAGACCCGGUUCUCCUGAGAGUCCCUGAAGCCCAGAACCUUCCCAAGCCAUCUGUCCUUCAGACGGUCCAGGCCCCCAAGUCUAUGCUGAGGGACGCCGAAAGGAUCCUGCGAGUGGUGCGCAAGAACAAGAAGGUUCUGGAAGAAAACCUGGAAGCCAUCGUGCGUGCCAAGGACGGCAGCGCCUUGCACUCGUUCAUCGACACUUUGACUGCAAACAGAGAUGUUCUGGAGGAGAUACGGAUCAGAAAAACAGUAGAUGAAUGGAUUAAAACUAUCAGCUUGGAAAUCAAGGAUGAAAUGGCAAGGAAGGCCUGGGAGGAAGGCAGGCCUGACGGUGAAUGCCGGAAGGGUCUUGGUCUCAAGGCCCAGCAUACUGUCAGGCCCACGAAGGCCGGCAGAGAAAUGAAAUCGGAAUCUCGGUUUCCCCAAGGAAGCACGGUCAGAAGGCCCUUACCUGCUGCGAGAGCUGCGCUGAAGCCGGCACGUAAGGUGAUUCCGAAGGCAAGUACAGUUGUUCAGACCGACGGGUAUCUCUCUCAGAUUUACGGGAGGCCGAUCUACCAGGGCCACAGGAGCACACUUAAGAAAUCACCGUAUCUCAGGAUCAACUCUCCCCCUCCCAAACUGAAGCCUCCGAGACCUAAAUUAAUCGAAAGCGUUAGAGGUACCAGAGUAAAAUCUGCGAGGACGCAGACGGUUCCCUGCGGACACAGCAAAACCACCAGUCCUAAAAAGUCACGUCCGCGGUUGGCUCCUUGUCGGGAACUGCAGUAUCUCUUCAGCCCCAUCAAAGAGGCGCCGGAUGCCUCGGGUCCCCUGGAAGGCCACCUCAUUCCAAUGGCUGUUCCCUUAGGUCAGAAACAAAUCAACAGCAUCUCACCUGAGCCUGCAGGGAUCAUCAUCGGCCAAUUCCACCCUGUCACUGUGGCCGCUUCCAUUCCUCCUGCUCCUCCAAAGCAGCAGCCGAGUGUACAGAAGCCAAACAUUGCAGUAAUAGAGAUGAAAUCAGAGAAAAAGGAUCCUCCUAAACUCUCAAUGCAGGUGCUCCCGAAUGUUGACAUCGAUAGCGUCUCAAGCGGCAGCCCAAGUGGAAACCUGGCUCCUUCCAUGCCCCUUCCUACCCAAGCAGUGAUGCAGAGCACUCCAGAAGACAGCUGGAACCAGGAAGAAGAACCAAAGCUUCCCGGCACUGAUUUUGUUGAUGCUGAUCUCACUCAGGUGGCGGCCGGUGGCGAAGAGGGUGAUGACGGGAUCCCAGAAUUCUUGGAACCUCUUCUCGAGUUCAACCGGCGGGGGGAGACCGGGUCCCCGCCAUAUAAUGGCCUGCCGUUUCCACCCGUCGCUCCUCCUCCGCAGCCCUCAGCAGACAUUCUAGAUGAGAUCAUAGAAAGACGGGAAACCCUGGAAAACAAGCUGGUCAGCUGGGUGGAGCAAGAGGUGAUGGCCAGGGUGAUCAGCGGGAUGUACCCAGCCCAGAAGGAGGCAGUGCCCGACAUAAGCUCUUCGGAGAGUGAAGAGAGCCAGGCGGUGUCUUCAGAUAUUGUGGAAGCAGCAGGCCCGGAAGGGUUUCAGCUCUUUGUCAGCGCCGGCGUCCCCGUCAAUUCAGAUAUGAUCCGACAGUUCGUGAGCGAAGCUCUCGCCGAGACGGUUGCAGUCAUGCUGGGGGACCGCGAAGACCAGAAACCGGCUUCCGCUGCGGGAGCCCCUUUGAAUGUGACUCUUCUGCCCGCCAAGGACCUUCUGCUCGCAACCCCACUGGCCACCCCUCAAGCCACCCCGCCUCCAUCGUCACCGCCUCUACGAGAACCCUCGCCAGUGAGGACUCCGGAGCCCUCUCCCCCCGCCUCUGAAAUUGGGGUCGGUGUACGGCAGCCGAUGGCGGCAGCAGAGCCAGAGGCAGCAGCUGCCAGCCCAGUUCGCACCCCUGCUGCUACCCCGGUGGCGACACCGCCCAGAGUGGCGACGCCAAGCCCUCCCAUGUCCGAGCGCAUCCCCGACAGAGAACGGACAGAAAGCCGCCUACCUCCGAACGCGUGGGGGGAUGCCGAGCUGCCUUUGGAGGAAGAGAAGCCCAGCCCGCCGAUCGGAGAAGGGGGCUACCACCCCCGAGCAGUCAUAAUGUCCGUGGCCAAAGAUGAGGAGCUGGAGAAUUUGGUGUCACCACCCCCACCUGAGCCCAUUGAGUCUCCUGACCCUCGUCUUCAAGAACCCCCGAUUCCGUCUUGUCCGGUACAUUCCCUUAGUUCCAGCUUGUCCCCAGAGGAGAGCAGCCUAACCGCCACGGAAACGGAGACCGCGGACAGACCCAUCUCAGAAGGAGAAGUUCUCUUCAGUUACGGACAAGUGGUAGCCAUGAGAGUGUUAGCAGAGGAAGGACUCUUUCUCCCAAAUCUCAGCGACAGUUUGGCCAGCACUCUUCAUGAUGCCCAUGAAAUGGAUUAUGAUCCUCCCAGUGAAGGGCAGGUGGUACUCAGACCCCAUCGAGGACACCACCGAGACCCAGUCCUGUCUCUCUUCUCGAAACUCCGCCAAGCGCCACUCGCUUCCCAAGAAGAUGUCUGUCGUUCCGAGGACACUGACAACAGUGCCGGGGAACUUAGCGAGGGCCAGAGGCUGAGGCUGACCAGAGCUGCAGAGAGUAUCCUCGUGGGACAUUCUGUCUACAUGGAUCGGCCUCCUGAGCAGCGGAUUCGGCAGAUUGACCUGAGGGCAAAACCAAAAAAGAAAAUUGGCACAGGCAGCGGGGGAAAGCGCAAACGGGCCGUCUCGGCCGGCAACAAGUGUGCAAAACGCCUCGUAGAGGCAGCCCGCUCCGCUGCCACGCCAAACAAAAACGGAAAAAAGCCCGCGGCGGCGGGCGGUGCAAAGAGCACAGCAGCGCCUGCUGCUUCUUCUGCCAAGCGUUUUCGGGCGCAUAAUCCGGAGACUGGCGGCUCGCCUUUGUCUCAAGAUGCCCCGACUGUAGGCGCGGAUCACGCUAUGGCGCCGGACGCCCAAUCGCACCAGCUGCUCGGGGAGCAGACCCAAGAGGCCGGCGGCUCGCACAUGCCUCAUGUCGUCUCGUCCUUAGGCGGCUCGCCUCUAAAACAAGGACGAGAAACAUCAGCGGAGACCUCUUCUACUGGUUCUUCCGGAGGACGCUUGCGAGCUUUAGAUAUAACUUUGCUGCCGAGUUUCCAGUGGUGUUUUGAUCCUUCAGGUGGAGCUCUCGGAGAUACUGAUGCCACCCAUGGUCCGAUGAGCGUGGCUGAGCUGGAACACCCUGCUCCUUCUGCCGUGAAACCGAAGAACGUGCUGACGGCUCAGCUGGAUGAGGCACCCCAGAACCUUAAAUUCGAUCCGACAAAUGCCCUUUUCUCUUCCUCUUCAGGCUUCCAGAGCGACGCGGACCGGACACACGUUGAGCCCGACAGCUACCUCGCGUCGUUGGUUGCGGAGAGGGGAAAUGUGCCCUGGUUAAACUCCCUGCCUGCGCCGGCAAAGAUGUCCGUGACGGUGCCGUCCGGAGACGUAGAGGACGUGCAGAGCUUCAGUUCCAUCCACGGGAGUUCCGACUCUUCUGGAGCAGAUACGUUUUGA